AUGGUCGAGUUCAAGUCUAGGCAGGCAAACAUCGAAACCGUGCACAAAGCGGCGAAAGAGCUGCUGGCUACGGGCGAUGAUGAUUCGAGAACCGAGGUGACCAGACAACUUGAAGAACUGGACAAAAACUGGGAACACACCAAGGAAUUGGCCUCCUUGAGGGAGAAAGGCCUCGACGCAGCGAAAAACUUAGCGGAGCAUUUUCACCGAAUAUCGUACGCGAUGCUUGAAUGGUUGUCAGACGUGGAGGCGAAUCUGAAAGACAUGGGAAGCAUACCUGAAAAUGAAGAAGAACUGCUGAAGAAAAUUGACCAAAUUGAGGGUAUCCAUGAUGAUCUCGUUGCGCAUUCUUCAGAAAUGGAAGAAAUUAGGGCGGUUUCAAAGCAGAUUCUGGACAGGUGUCACCCGAAGGGCGAGCUGCCCAUGAAGCAUUUCACUGACAUGGUUCAAGCCAGGUACGACGAAGUCUCUAGUUGGGCAGAACAGCGGGAGAACCGUCUGAAGACCCAACUGCAGACACUCAGAGAACUUGAGGUUCUCCUAAACGAUCUCCUACAAUGGAUGGGCGACAAGGAGCAUGUUCUGUCAGAGCGAUUGGCUGAAGAAAUCCCUAUGAACGUAGCUACCAUUGAACAGCUUAUUGAACAGCACCACUCUUUCGAAGCGGAUCUUCGGCUGCGCCAGCUAGACGUCGACGAGGCAACGAAGGGCUUGAGGAAAUCUGAUUCUUCUGAAGCGAAGGACGACGCUUUACCGAAGGGUACCAAAAAAUUAUCCACGCCGCAAAAGCUGCGCAUGGACCGUCGGAAGAACCCGAAGGUGAAGUGUGUUUCAGACAAAUGGCGCAAGUUAUGGCUGUUGUCCCUGGAGCGCCAGCAGAAGUUGAAUGACAUGCUGAACUACGCACAGGAGCUGAAGAAGCUUGAGAGCUUCAACUUCGACGACUGGCGCCAACGCUACUUGAAAUGGAUCAAUCACAAGAAGUCACGAGUAAUGGACUUUUUCCGACGUCAGGACAAGGACUGUGACGGGAAAGUUACCCGUGAGGAGUUUGUUGAAGGAAUCCUCUCUUCUAGUAAGUGA